GAUGUUAAUUAUUAACCUUGAAUGCUUAAAUAGAAGCUUACAAAUUCCUACACACAUUCAAAGGACCAUCCAAAGCUUCACCAUGAAGGCUUUUGCUUUAUGUGUAACAAUAUGCAUUCUUUAUCAGGUUAAUGGAAAGAGCAUAACGGACCAUAUGCAAGGGACAAGACGAGAGGUGCGAGAAAUUAAUGAUCCCGGAUCAAUCGACUGCAAAAUGAGCGCCUGGUCCCAGUGGACGUCCUGCGACCCAUGCACUAAUAGGACGCAUCGCUCUAGAGGUAUUGAGGUCUUUGGGCAGUUUAAAGGCUCUAGGUGCAUAAAGCCAAUUGGAGACCGGAAACCCUGUAAACCUUCUACCAAAUGCCAGAUGGACCCUCCACCUGUCUGCAAGAGCUCUCAAUGGAGGUGCGCUUCAGGAAUAUGUAUAAACAAAAAUCUGAGGUGUAACGGGGAUCACGACUGUGGAGAGCCUGAUACGUCUGAUGAAGAUGAGUGUGAUAUCAUCAGGACACCUUGCGGCAAGACAGCUGUAUUUGAGUCUGAUAUAGCCGUCCAAGCUGGAUAUGGAAUAAAUAUUCUGGGAUCUGGACCUCGAAUGAAUCCCUUCAGUAACAGAUUCUAUAAUGGUCAAUGUAACCGGAUCAGAGAACCAUCCACAUUGGAAUAUAACAGACUGCCUUGGAAUGUUGGAGUUCUCAACUAUGAGACAAAAGUGGAAGAGAGCAGCUCUAAGGAGAUGUAUGAGGACAUUCACUCUUUAAUAAAAGAGAUAACUAGGGAAUCCUCAACAUCUUUUGAAGCAGGCUUAAACUUCAAGUUUACACCUACUGAGCCCUCCAGUUCUGAUUCAGGUGAGGCUGGCAGUGCUGGUGGAGGUGGUGAAGUUGCCGGCCCCAGCGACGGUGGUGAAGUGGCAAGUCCCGAUGAGGGCGGUGCAGCUGAAGGUCCUGGUGAGGGCGGUGCAGCUGAAGGUCCUGGUGAGGGCGGUGCAGCUGAAGGUCCCGGUGAGGGCGGUGAAGCUCCAGGUCCUGGUGAGGGUGGUGAAGCUGAAGUAUUUGAUGCAGGCAAAAAUACUAGUCCUGGUUUAGGUUUUAGUGCAUCAGUAGGAUUUGACACUAAGCAAUCAACAACAAAUAUCAUCAAACAGCUGUCAGAAAUCACAAUGACCAAGAGAAAGACCUUCAUGAGAGUGAAAGGCAGAGUGGAGCUGGCAACCUACAGGAUGAGACAGCGAGGGCUGGAGGUGUCCUCGACGUUCCUGGAUGAUGUGGAUGCCCUUCCACUUACAUAUGAGAAGGGCCAGUAUUUUGCUUUCUUAGAGGACUAUGGAACACACUUCACCAAGAACGGAAAGUCUGGUGGAGAUUACGAACUUGUUUAUAUAAUGAAUGAGGAUGUCCUCAAACUAAAAAAGGUCACAGAAUCCACAGUCAAGGAAUGUUUAGAGCUUGGAUUUAAGGGCAACAUCCAAUUUACUCAAGCACUAACAGGAGAAGGACACAUUAAACCAAAAAACAACUGUGAUGAACUAACAGACAAACCCACAGAUGACAGUAACACGAAGGGGGUUAUUGAUAAAGUACUGAUCGCAGUGAGAGGGGGCAGUCCGGCUUCAGCAGUAGCCAUGAAGUCUCAGCUCACUAAAGAUGGCAUUCUAGACUAUAAUCAGUUUGUGGAAUGGGCAAAGACCAUCUCUGCUCUGCCAGCUCUCAUUCACAGUGAUCCUGAACCCAUCUACAACGCGAUCCCUUUGGACUUUCCUGAUGCUCAGCCCAGACGGGAAAAUCUCAGAAGAGCCCUGGAUGACUAUGUGGCCGAGUACAGCGUGUGUAAGUGCCAGCCGUGCCAGAACGGUGGCACUGUGAUCCAGAUAGAUGGGGAGUGUAAAUGCAUGUGCCCACCAGGGACUGAAGGUGUUGCGUGUCAGAUCAUCGAGAUGGAACUGGUGAAAGCCAAGUCUUUUGAACAACUGGGAAACUGGGUCUGCUGGUCUUCCUGGUCGCACUGCUCCGGCGGGCGUCGCAGACGGACGCGCACGUGCAAUACUGGCGGUGUACCAGGCGGAAUCUGCAGAGGAGACACAACUCGUGAAGACUACUGCUAAUAUUGUAGUUCAAAUAGAAAAAUAGUCAUUAGAUAUUAAAAAAUAAGAUACAAAUUACAAUUGCUUGUACAUUCAGAUAUUUCUCUCAUGAAGAGCGGGUUAGAGAAACACAUGUUUGACAACACUGCCAUCUUGUGGUCAAUAGAAAAACAGUUGCAUUACAGAAAUGGCAAGCUUUUCUCAUAUUACCUGACUUUUUGCCUUCCACGGCUGUACCAUACUGUGAUGGUUUCACAAAUAAAUUUCAUGUCACUUUAAAAUAUA